AUGUCACAAGAUCAGAAUCAAGAUGAUGAUUUAGCAUUGGUGGUUCAACAAGCUAUGGAAGGAUUCCAAGAUGAAUUUGGUCAAGUUGAUAAUAAUAAUGGUGUCACUGGUGAAUUAGAGAAUGUUGAUCAAAAUCAAAAUAACAAUGAAACCGCGUCUACUGAAUAUCAUCAACAUGAACAUAAUGAUCAAGAACAAGGACAACAUCCUAUCCAAGAAGCAUUUAAUGAGGCUGAUGAUUUUGAAGCUGAAAUUCAAAGACAAUUGGAACAACAAUUCCAAUCAAUGACCGAGGGGACUAAUGAAGAGUAUAAUAAUGAUCAAUCUCAACAACAACAUAUUGAAACAAAUAUUGAAUCACAAGUUGAUCAGAAUCAAGUUGAAGAAGAGGAUGAUUUUGCAAAAGAAGUUGAAAGACAAUUACAAGAACAAUUUAAUCAACAACAAAAUUAUCAAGAGUCAGAACAACCAGUCCAUCAAGAACAAGAACAACAGCAACAGCAACAUGAAGAUCAACAAGUUGAUCAAAAUGAUGAUUAUUUACAAAAUCAUAUCGAGGAUCAAAUACGACAACAGUUGAAUAUUGAUGAUAAAGAAUCUGAUCCUUCUCAUGUGGAAAAAUCAAUUGAUCAAGUUGAAGAAUAUCAACCACAACAUCAACCACAUCAACCUCAAGAACAAGAACAGCCUCAGGCUCAAGAACAAGUACAAGAACAAAUACAGGAACAAUCUCAAGUACAACCACAAGAAGUACAAGAAGAACAACACGUUGAUUAUGAAAAAGAACUACAAAAACAAAUUAUGGAUGCAUUAGGAGAAUCUGAACCAAUUGAUAAUAAUGUUGAACAAUCACAACAACAUGAACAAGAUUUAAGGCAUGAACAAGUUGAAUCAAUUCAAUCAACAAAUCAAGAUGAUAAUCAAGAAGAGAAUGAUUUUGAAAAAGAUUUACAAAAACAAAUUAUGGAUGUUUUCGAAAAUCAAGGUCAAGAUGAACGUGAACCUCAAUCAGAAGUUCAUACUCAAGAUCAAUCACAAAUUGAAUCACAAAAUCAACCUCAAAAUGAAGAUGAUUUUGAAUUGGAAUUACAAAAUUCAAUCAUGCAAGCUUUUAAUGAUGCUCAAGAAACUUCACAACCUCAAUAUCAAUCACAAUCACAACUUGAACCAAAAGUUCAACCUCAACCUCAACCUCAAGUUCCUGCACCUGCACCUGCACCAGUGGUAGCACCAGUUGUAGCACCAGCUCCUGUACCAGCACCACCACCAGUUCAACAACCUUCAAAACCACCAGCAAAGUCAAAAGCUAAAUCAGCUUCAAAGAAGAAAUCACAAAGUUCUUUGAAACAACAUCAAAAUCAAUUUCAAGUUCAACAACCUCAACAACCACCUGUGCAACAGGUACCAACUCAACAAUCUCAACUUCAAGCUCAACCUCAAUUACAUCAACCUUUACCUAUAAAACCUGUACAACCAGUUCCACCACAACAACUUCAAGAUCAAUCGCAAACUGAUGUAAAUGAUGAUGAUUAUGAUCAAGAAUUACAAAAUCAAAUCUUGAGUGCAUUUGCAGAAUCAGAAAAUCAAUAUAAUCAACAAAUGGCUCAAUUACAACAAUUACAACAAUUGCAACAAUUACAACAACAACAACAACAAUUACAAAAUCAACAACAACAACAACCAAUCCCACAAUAUACUGAUGAAAUUGAUCCAUUUAGAGAUGCAUUAGAACAAUUGGUACAAAAUGUUAUUGAUGCUCAAGUUGAACCUGAAAAUAAAUCACAACCUUUACCACAACAAUCUAAUCAACACCAAUCAGGUAAUCAAAAUCAACAAGAUGAUGAAAUUGAUAUGAAUCAAAUUAUGCAAAAUGCAUUAGCUAUGGCUGUGGAAAAUCCAAAUUUAUUAUUACAAAAUAUGAAUUUAGGUAAUUCACAAGAUUCUUCACAAUUGAUUAAUCAAUUGAUUAAUCAAGCUUCUUCAAAUUUAACUCCUCAAGUUGUUCCUUCAACUUCAACUGCAACUACAUCAACUACAACAACUGGUAAAAAGAAAACUCCAGCUAAACCAAAGGAGAAAAAACCACCAAAAGAGAAGAAGCCAAGAGCUCCAAGGAAGACUCAACCAAAGAAGAAGAAAGAUGCAAAAGCUACAACAACAACAACAGCAACCCCUGCUGCUACUAGUGCUUCAUCAUCAACGGAUCCUUCAUGGAUUGGUCUUGGUCGUUCAGCUACUUCAAGUGGAGUACUAUUACUUCCUAUUGAAGGUUUACGUGAAGCUUUAAGACCACAAUUAUCAAAACCAAUUCCUCAACCUUCACAAACUACUGUUCAAACUUCUCAACCUCAAACAAUUGUUCCUCCAGCUCAACAGAAGACUACUCAACCAUUACCUUCAGUUCCAUCACAAGAUCAAUCAAAACAAUUACCAAAACCACCAUCAUCAUCAUCAUCAUCAUCAACUGCUGCUCCAAUUUCAACUCCAAAAGAGUCAACUUCAAUUGGUCCAAAACAACCAAAACCUGCACCUGCACAUUCAAUUCUGGAUUCUGUUAAAAGUACACCUUUAUUAUUAUUAUCUAAAGAUAAAUCAAUUGAUUUACAAAAUAAUUUAGUUUCAGAACAACGUAAAAAGCAAAAUUUGUCAAUUGCUGAAACUUUAGCAUUAAGUAGAUCUGGUAUAACAAGUGGUAAAUUUACAAAAUUACAUGAAGGUUCAUUGAUUAAACCACAACAACAAAUUGGUGAUAAUGGUAAAGAAAUUGUUAAUGAUGAUAAAUUAAAAGGAAUUGAAUCACAAACUUCAACUCCAACUUCUGGACAAGUUCCAACAACUCAACAAAAUGAUUCAAAUCAAGUUGAUACUAAUCAAGUUGGAACUUCUAUUUCAACAUUAUCAAAUUAUGAACAAAAUGAUAUUCAAAAGGAUAAUGAAAAUAAUAGUGUGGAAAAUGCAUUAAUUAUGGCUAAACAAUAUUUGACUAAAGAUGAUGGUAGAUCAAGUGAUUCAACAGCUCCAAGUUCUAGUGGUCCAGGUAAAAAUGCUAAUACAACAUCUAAACCUUCAUCAUCAUCAGGAUCUUUAACUUCUUCAUUUGGUCAAUUAUCUGCAAUUCCAAGUUCUCAAGGAAAUGUAUUAUUAAAUAAUAUUGGUUCAUUAUUACCAAAUUUACCUUCAAAUUUAACAAAUAUGAUUUCUUCUGCAAUUACUACAGCUGUUAGUCAGGGGAAAAUUUCAUUAAAUGAACAAAAUUCUACAAUUAUUCAAGAAAAUCAAUUUUCUAAAGAAUCAACUCCAGGUUUAACUACUAUGGGAUUGGAAAGUACAGUUACACCUAAAACUACUAAAAAAGUUAAACCUGAUAGAAAUGAAACUCCUGAACAACAAAGAGAAAGAAUUAAGAUUGAAAAUAGAGAACGUAAGAAAAGAUGGAGAGAUGCAAAUAAAUUAAAAAAUCAAAAUAAUGAUUUAAGAGCUCGUUUAAAGAAGCGAGCUUCACAAUUAUUUGGUAUUGAAGAUACACCAAAGAAAAAAGAAUGGAUUGAAACAGAAUUUGAAAAAAGAACAAAUAGAAGAAUUAUUAAAGCUGCAAAUUUAGAAGAUUUAGCUUCAUUAAUUAAUGAAACUUUAUCAAAAGUUGAUAUUAAUACAUUAAAUCAAGAUUCAUUAACUCAAAUAAUUUCACAAAUUGUUACAACUUCAUUAUCAAGUUCUCAAUCAAAUGUUUCAAACAUUGGUGGUAUUUUAGGUUCAAUUAAUAAUACUAAUACUAAUAACACUGGUAAUAAUUAUAUUACAACUACACAAAGAGAAUUAUCACCAGGUGAAGUUGAAGAUCUUGCAGGUUUACCAAAAGGUACAGUUAGUACAUUCCAUGUUGAUCAAUCAAUUCCACGAUCUCAACCUGAUCAAUCUAAUCAACAAAGAUCCACUGUGGAAAUUAAAGAACCAUCAAAGAAACCGGAUUUAGAAUUAAGUUCAUUAGUCGGUAAUAGACAAUUUCAACAACAACAACAACAACAACCAGGUUCAAGUUCUCAACAACAAUUUCGUAAAACUUCAAUUCCACAACAUCCACCAAGAAUUCAUAAACCAAUUCCAGCUCCUGCACCACCAUUAAAGAGGAAAAAUGAUGCAUUAGCAAAUUUUGAAUUGAAAAAACCAAGAUUUUCCAUACCUUUAAUUCCAACAAGUAUGAAAUUUGAUGAUGGUCAAGAUAAACAAAAGGAUAAAGAUGUUUCAAUUACAAAAGAAGUUGUUAGAGUUGAAGAUUCAAAUAAAAUGGAUAUUGAUUCAAAUAUUGAUGAUGCUUUGAAAUCAUAUGAUGAAGGUCAUUCAAAUAAAAAUCAAUCUAAUUCAAAACCAGUGGAAGUUACUAAAGUUAUUGAACGUGUUAAUUUAGAUGAUGGUAAAUCUAAAUCUAAACCAAUUGAAAAGACUAAACUUUCAAUACCAAAGCCUGUUUCACAAAUUCCAUUACAAUUACAAAGACCAAUUAAAAUUCCAUCAUUUAAAAGACCUGAUUUAUCUAAUUCAGAUUCUAAUAAAAAUGUUCCAGAAUCAAUUGUUGUUGAAGAUAAAGAACCAACAACAACAUCAUCAAAUACAGAUAAAGAAGUUUCAAAAGCACCAAUUAAAGUGGAAAGAUCAACACCACCAGUAUCAAAUACUAGUGUUAAUACUACAAAACAACCAUCACCACCAGCAACAAAUACCACCACAUCAACAUCAUCAACAACAGCUUCAACUUCAAAAGUUUCAAGUGCACCUAAAUUACAAAGACCAAAAUUUCAAACUGGUUUAAGAAAACCACCAGCAUUUCAAGGUUUAAGAAAACCUGGUGCAUUCCAAAGACCACCAGAUAGAGAUAAAAGAAAAGGAUUAAUUCAAUGA